ACACCCCGACGAAGAAUCCAACCCAAUCCAGUCCACCACCAAGAAACCCAAACCCUCCUCUCCUACGUCCCAAAAAAAUCCAACCAUCAUCAAAAAUGUCCGCCCCCAACUCCGGCCGCCAAUCCCCCCCUCCCGAAUCCCAGACCGGCGCGCAGCAGCAAUCGCCCCCGUCCCAGGGCCAGACCGGCCAGACCUACGAGACCCGCCCCGGCCAGGCCGCCCAGGAGCAGUCCGAGAACACCAAGUCGUCGCUGAGCAGCAACCCCAAGCAUCCCUUGGAGGAUAUCGAGUCUGCCAAGUUCAGCAAGGGCAGCUGAAUUAGUUGAGAUCUAUGUUCC